CCUUGCCUAAGAGAAACUCCCACUCAUAAAGAAUAAGAGAACAGUGUUCGAGUCGAGCACCAAGCCAUGCCGCAACUUGGUCUUCUUCAAUGUUCCUUCCCAGAAAGAGAGAAGCAGAAGCCAUGAAUGAACCGACUCUUGAGUCCCCAAGAUGAGGAGAAAACCCAUUCUCCCAAGCAGCAGCAGCAGCAGCAGGGCCUUGUUUCUCCACCUCAAUUCCAAACGCUUCUUCUCCUUCACUGCUUCCGCUUCCGCUUCUGAGCCAGUCCUCGACGAUCUCCCCUCUCAGCUCUUGUCCAUCCUCUCCCAACCCAAUUGGCAAAGACACCCCUCCCUCAAACCCCUAAUCCCCUCCAUAUCCCCCUCCCAUGUCUCCUCCCUCUUCUCCCUCAACCACCACCUCCCUCCCCAAACCGCCCUCGCCUUCUUCAACUGGAUCGCCCUCAAACCCAACUUCACCCACACCGUCCACUCCCACUCUUCUCUCCUCUCCCUUCUCCUCCCCAACCCUUCCUUCCUCUCCGUCGCCGAAAAGAUCCGCAUUUCCAUGAUCAAGUCCUCCACCUGCCCCCCUGACGCCCUCUUCGUCCUCCACCAUCUCCGCUACCUGAACAAGACCCACUUCAAGCUCACCCUCAGGUCAUACAACUUUCUUCUCAUGUCAUUGUCCAAGUUUUCGCUGUUUGAUGAUUUAAAAACUGUGUAUAUGGAGAUGUUGGAGGAUAAGGUGUCCCCCAAUUUGCAUACAUUUAACACCAUGGUCAAUGCUUAUUGUAAAUUGGGGAAUUUGGCUGAGGCAGAGGUGUAUUUCAGUAAGAUAGGGCAGGCCGGAUUGCGGCCCGAUACUUUUAGCUACACGUCUUUGAUACUGGGGCAUUGUAGGAAUAAGGAUGUGGACAGCGCUUAUAGGGUGUUUAGGGUAAUGCCACAGAAGGAGUGUCGGAGAAAUGAGGUUUCGUAUACGAAUCUGAUACAUGGGUUGUGUGAGGCGGACCGGAUUGGUGAGGCUUUUAAGUUGUUUUCGCAGAUGGGGGAGGAUAAUUGUCAACCGACUGUCCGCACGUUUACAGUUCUUAUCUCUGCAUUUUGUAGAUUGGGGAAGAAGUCAGAAGCAAUGAAUUUGUUUAAAGAGAUGAGGGAAAAAGGUUGUCAACCGAAUGCUCAUACUUAUACGGUGCUCAUUGAUAGUAUGUGCAAGGAGAAUAAGCUAGGUGAGGCUAGGAAGUUGCUGAAUGAGAUGUUGGAGAAACGGUUGGUUCCUACUGUAGUCACAUACAAUGCAUUGAUUGAUGGGUAUUGCAAGGAGGGAGCAGUUGACGCUGCAAUUGAUAUUAAGGCUUUGAUGGAAUCAAAUAAAUGUUGUCCAAAUGCUCGAACGUACAAUGAAUUAAUUUUUGGGUUUUGUAAAAGGAAAGAUGUAAACCAGGCGAUGGCAUUGCUCGCUAAGAUGCUCGAUCUGAAGCUCUCACCUAGUGUGAUUACGUAUAACUCAUUAAUACAUGGCCACUGUAAAGCAGGUGAUUUAGACUGUGCUUAUAGGUUGCUUGAUUUGAUGAAGGACACUGGUUUGGUUCCUGACCAGUGGACCUAUAGUGUUUUUAUAGACAGUCUUUGUAAGAGUGGGAGACUAGAAGAAGCUCAUGCCCUGUUUGAUUCUCUUAAGGAGAAAGGCGUAAAGUCAAAUGAAGUGACAUUUACUGCUUUGAUUGAUGGUUACUGCAAGGUGGGGAAAAUUAAUGAUGCCCAUUCCUUGUUUGAUAGGAUGCUUACAGAGGGCUGUAACCCAAACACAUGCACUUACAAUACCUUGGUAGAUGGAUUGUGCAAAGAAGGAAAAUUGCAGGAUGCAAUAUUACUGGUCGAGAAGAUGUUAAGUACAGGCCUGACGCAUGCACCACAUACUUAUUCUAUACUGAUCAAACAUAUGCUGAAAGAAGGGGACUUCGGCCAUGCUCAUAGACUGUUCAACCAGAUGGUUUGUUCUGGUAGUAAACCGGACGUAUUUAUUUACACUUCAUUUAUUCAUGCAUAUUGCAGCAUAGGGGAUAUAGAAGAGGCAGAAAAGCUGAUGGUUAAGAUGAGUGAAGAAGGAAUUAGAGCAGAUUCAUUGACUUACACGUUAUUGAUUAAUACAUAUGGACGUAUGGGACUACUAGAUUCUGCAUUUGGUGUUCUUAAGCGCAUGUUUGAUGCUUGCUGCGAUCCUUCUCACUAUACCUAUUCUUUCCUGAUCAAACAUCUUUUGCGCUCGAAGACGAAUGACGAUAUAGUGAGACUUGAUUUGGCCUCAAGCUUCAUUGAUAUUGCUGAUGUAUGGAAGACAAUGGAUUAUCAAAAUGCUUUAGAUCUGUUUGACAAGAUGGUUGAACAUGGCUGUGCACCCAAUGGCAACACAUAUGAAAAGCUUAUAAUAGGUCUUUGCAAAGAGGGGCGCUUGGAAGUAGCCCAGAGGCUAUAUGUUCAUAUGAGAGAUGGGCGGAUUUCUCCCAGCCAGGAUAUUUAUCAUUCUCUUAUUAAUUGUUGCUGUCAGUUGCAAGUGUAUGGAGAGGCGGCAAACCUGCUGGAUACGAUGAUUGAGGAUGGUUAUUUACCAACAUUAGAGUCUUCCAAGUUGCUUGUAUGUGGGCUAUUCAUUGAGGAGAAUAUCGAGAAGGCAAAAGCCGUUUUCUGUAGUUUGCUCCGUUGUGAGUAUAACUUUGAUGAAGUAGCUUGGAAAGUUCUCCAUGAUGGUUUACUUAGGAGGGGUCUUGUCAAUAGAUGCUCUGAGUUGAUAACCAUCAUGGAGCAGAUGGGUUGCAAGCUUCAUCCUCAGACAUAUUCAAUGCUGAUUGAGGGAAUUGAUGGAACAUAAUGUGACAUGCGCAAUCUUUGUAUAGGGAAUGACAUUCUGCCCAGGUUUCAUUUCAAUUGGGUCAUCAGCAACUUCUGCCACCACCGAGUCCAGACCACGAAGUUGCAACAACAGCUCCAACAAAGGGAGUUUUACAAAAACUGAAGGGGUUCGUCAACCACUCCCUAACACCUCUGUUCCAUCCUAACCGAUAAAUAAACACCUGUGAAGAACAAGUGCAUAGAGGAGAACGUUAUCUUCUAAUUUCUAUAUCCUCGAUAAAUUUAUAGGUAACCUUGUUACUGGAAGUUGAUCUUCAAGGAUUGAUCUGGCACCCACAUAAACAUGUUAUAGCAUUUAUAUCUGGCCCCAUUGAAGUACUAGUUCAGGAUAACGAGGAUUCCGGUUGGAUGAUUAACUAAAGCUGAGGAGCCAUGCAUUAGUCACAGAAAGAUGUCCAGGUACUUGAAUGAAGGCCAAAUGGUAGGAGACAAAUUUCUGUGGCAUGCAGGCAAGUACCAGAGUUGCUGCCUGACAACAUUUACAUAUACACUGUCUCAUUGCAUGGGAUUUAUUUCAGUGGUGAAAUUUUGCAUUUGGGCUUCUUCUUUCCCUGCCACUGCUCAUCUGUGAGAUCUGGUGCUUCUUCCUUCUUUGGAACUCACUAUUAGAGGUUCUAGAAUCAGAUAUACUUUGGUGAAUUUUCUUCUGAGUCAUACCGAUAGUGCACUGUUCUGGAGUGCUAAUGGAAGAUAUCCAAACAAACUCAGUUCUGGGUUCAAUUAUGUUAUAUCGAUAAGACUGCAUGAAAAUGAAAGCUUUCUUGCAAUUUAUAUUAUAAAAGUUAUUUGUAUAUGCAAAGUAUGGUAAUUUUGUUUUUGUUUUUGUAUUUCAUUUUAUUGCAAAGUUUGCAUGCUCUAAAGCAUUAUGUUC